UUUACAGUACAUUACUGAAUCAAAAAGGUGAAAAUGAAAUAUCCAGUAACUCCAUCAAAAAGAACGUCAGUGUCAGUUGCUGAUUUGACAGAAGAGAAGGUGUCAUCUGAUAGAGGGCGAACGCGAAGAAGACUUUCUCUAGAAUUUCUUUUGGGCGGAAACAAUUCAAGUACACCAGUUAGAAGUGGACCAACACAAAAACGUGUGAGGCGAUCCGUUAGUGCCAGUAGACGUUUUUCAUUGGGAUGUUCCCUUGCUGAUUUGGAAACAGCAACAGCUCAGGAUUAUUCACUGCCUGUAAGCGGUAGGUCAAAUACACCACACACAAGAAGAUGCCGUUCACGUUCAACAACAUCUGAUGCAGACUUAGAUGUUACUCCGGUUUCAUUCAUGACAACUUCGUCUUUCGCCGACGUCAGCAAUAUCAGCAUCGUUAAUGGUAGUUAUGUGCGAAGCUCUUCUGUUAUUGGGGUCCACGGAGCUUGUUCGACUUCUAAUCUAAAAUGCGUACCAGCCAUACAAAACAGAUCAAGGUCAAGUCAGAAAACGAGACCUCAUUCCAGAAAUAUCAUCGGAUCAAUGAAAGCAGCAGCCGGUACGUUAGUUGGUCGUAGAUCAGGAUCUAUGGCGAUUAUUCCAAAUACGACAUACGAUAGCGAUGCAUAUGAAACUGGUCAUUCGUCUCUCAGUAAAACUCCGACAAAAUAUUCUCUGUUGCAACAAGAAGAAGACGAUGAUUCGUUUCUUCCAGCCGAACAACAUCCAGAUUUUCAGGACACUUCUCAGGAUGUCAAUCUCAAAAAAGGUAAAAGAAGAAAGUCGUCAUUUUCAGCAAGAGGACUUCUCGGAAUCGGAAGGAAAUCAGCUGUAGAAAUUCGUCCAAAUUUUCAAGAACCAAACCCUUACUCUAUAACAUCUCAAAGAAACGUUAAGAAGAGACGGGCAUCGGAUAUAAAUAUCAGGGAAAUUUUGGGGGAAACUGCCAGAAGAUUUUCUCGCAGAGAAAAGGAACCAAGAAUUGCAGAAGAUGUUUAUGAUAUGCAUGAUUUACCAGAUUUAAAGAAACUUCCAAUGACGAAAAAGGCUCUAAGAAGCCCAACUACUGGAAUUAGUACGUCACCAUCACGAUGCUUGGAUGAACUUUUGAAACGAAAAGCUUGUAUCCUCCGUUUCCGCGCAUUUCUUCAAUCAGAAUUCAGUGAAGAAAACUUGGAUUUUUGGAUAGAAUGUGAAUCAUACAGAUAUCAAAGGAUACACAAACAACGCAAACUCGCUCCAAAAAUAUAUAAUAAAUAUGUUGCCAUUCGUGCACCAAGAGAGGUUAACUUGGAUGCGAUGACCAGAAGAAAAACAAAGGCCGGCAUUGAAUGUCCAGACAGUACAACUUUUGAACUUGCACAAACAAAGAUUUUCAAACUAAUGGAGAGAGACUCAUUCAAACGUUUCAGACAAUCACUGAAUAAAACCAGUGCAGUUUCGAAAAGUAAUGUUCCAAAAACUAUUGUAACUCCGUUGUCCUUUACCGAAAAUGGUCAAAGAAAAGUAUCAGUAUAAUGUGUAUAAUUUUUAUUUCUUAUUCGAUCACCGUUUGUACAAAGCAUUUCUCUCCAUUUUUCUCUAUAAAUCUUUUUCAAUACGAACUUUCCCUUUUUCCUAUGCAUGUCAGCAUUGCCAAACUUUCUAUUACCUUUCUAAAGUUAAUAAAUUAUUACUUCAA